UCUAUGAAGAUCUGCUUUACUUUUCUAGUCACAACAGUGUUUAUUAUAACAAUGGCUACAGGUGGAGAGAAAGCAUCAGAUCAUGAGUCCUGGGAAGAAGAGAUUGAAAAGGGCGAAAAAGAUCAAGAAAAGCUCAUACAUGAUGUAGAAUUUCAGGUUUUGCUCAGAGAAAUCAGGAAAGUAGAGCAAGAAGAGAUCAACAUGGAGACUGUGAACAAAGAUGCCAAGUCUGCAGCUCUCCACAGCAGAUCAACAGAAGCUAGCAGAGAUACAACAAAUCAAGAACUUCUCAAAGCAAUUAAAGGUAUCGAGAGGAGACUGGAAAACUUGGAAAAGAAACAAGGUAAUGUAAACAAUUUUCAGUUUGUGGGGAGAGGAAGGUCCUCACAAAGAGGAUUUUACAGAGGACAAAGUAGAGGUAGAGGUUGGUCUAACAGGGGUAAGUACACAGAUCAAUCAAAUCAAGGUUACCCAAAAGAGUAAUCUCUUCUGUUGUGGGGCGAACGGAAGAGAGUACUGAUUUAUGCCCUAAAGAGUUACAGGAUAGGAUGAUAGGUCCAACAAAUGAAGCAUAUGUCAAAAUUUGUGGGAAAGAGGUUUCAAGUCUGAUAGAUAGUGGUUCGAUGGUUACAACCAUUUCAGAGUCAUUUUAUAAUUCUCUGGAGAACAAACCAAGUCUACAUGAAAUAUCUGAAUUUAAAUUAGAUGUUUAUGGUGCAAAUGGGGACAGUUUGCCCUAUUUGGGAUAUGUAGAAGCAGAAAUUGAAGUUCCAUUCAUGCAAGAACCAUUAUUUAUUCCAGCAUUGAUAACUCGGGAUUCAAGCUUCAAUAGUAGAGUUCCGGUUAUUAUUGGGACAAAUGUUAUUAGACUUUGUGUAGAUUUUACAGGUGAGUGUGAAGAAGCAUGGCAAACGGCUAUUAACACUAUGUGUGUUAAUUGCUGUGUACCUGUUAAGACAACUAAUAAAUAUCCUAUACAUUUA